AUGAUGUUAAAGCCGCAGAUCCGCAGCGGGUUGCCAGCAGCUGUUGGCUGGUGCUGCUAUGAACUUGCACGGCCGCACGAACUGUUUGCUGAAGUAUUGUUACGCCCCUCUCUUAUCGACGGUGGUAUAAUGAUUUUGGAACUCUCGCUGCAGAAGCGCUGAUAGCAAUUAACUUGAAUCUCAUACAAGACGCUAGAAUCCAAAAUGUGGACUUGCAAAUUACCGAAUCUCGAUUUAUAAUUAUUUCUGAGUGCAAUUUAUCGAUCCCUCAACUAUCAUCGUUCAUUGUCCGUGACUAACUCACUGGAAAAAACAUCACACAAAAUGGAACGAUCGACAGGAGCGUGAAACCAGCUGAAUUUUUUGCAUACUGACAACACCAGAUCGACACGGUUCGCUACUCGCAAAAUGUGAUAAAAGUUAUCGAUGUUCUCUACAGCAGAUAGCGGAGGAAUAAGAGUGUUAUGAAUGAGAGGAAGAGUUGCUUAACAAAUAAUGGGCCUCACUUUUGCAUCGAUCAGCACGUACGCGGCUUAUCAAAACCUGUGAUACAACAUGUCCAGUCUCGGCGAUUUCUAACACAGUCUUGCGUUUGAAACAACUUGCUCUCUUCAGUCAAGAGUGAACUUUAGCCAAAAUGAGUUCUCCGGUUCGAAUGAGGCAACUGGAGCAGCAGUAUGAGAUGGAACGUCUGGUGAUAGUGGAGGACGAGGAGGAUGAGCGCAAUGGCGGCCCCUCGGACAACACGCGCACCCAGAAGCUGAUGCACUGCUGCGUCCCAUACCUAGGCAUCGUGCUGGCCACUGUGUCCAGCCUUUUCUUCUCUCUCUGCUCUGUGAUAGUCAAGAUGCUGGUCGACAUCCACCCUAUGGAGCUGGCCACCUGCCGGUUUGUUGGUGUCCUGCUGCCCGCCAUUCCCAUUCUGGUUUACCGCAAGGAGGACCCAUUCCCCAGGGGCUCACGGCUAGCCCUGAUCGCCCGCUGCUUUGUUGGCACCACCGGCCUCAUGCUCUCUUUCUACGCCUUCAGACACAUGCCCCUGGCGGACGCGUCCGUCGUUGUAUUCAGCGUCCCGGUCUUCGUAGCUGUUUUCGCACGCAUUUUCCUGAAGGAGCCGUGUGGAAUCUUCCACGUCGUCACCAUUUUUCUGACCCUGAUUGGAGUGGUCUUGAUUACACGUCCACCAAUGCUGUUUGGAAAUGUGCAAGAACUGGAGGACAAAGAGAGCAUGUGGGGAGCUAUUGCUGCGUUUUCUGCAACCAUCUUUGGAGCCAACGCUUACGUGCUGCUACGUGCCCUCAAGAGACUGCACUUUUCGGUCAUCAUGGCCAAUUUUGGCUCGUUCGCCAUCUUCCAGACGAUGCUGGUGACCUUUCUGCUGGGCGAGCUGUGCAUACCGCGGUGCGGCCGGGACCGGCUGUUGGUGGUGGCGCUGGCGCUCUUCAGCUUUGGCGGCCAGAUCCUGCUGACGGUCGCCCUGCAGAUCGAGCAGGCGGGGCCGGUGGCCCUGGCCCGCACGGCCGACAUCGUGUUCGCCUUCAUUUGGCAGGUUAUGUUUUUCGGCGAGGUGCCUAAUAAGUACAGCAUUUCGGGGGCCAUCCUGGUCACCAGCUCAGUGCUGCUGACGGGGCUGCGCAAGUGGCUGAUCGCCCUGCCAGAACAGGCGCCCCUCCGCCAGGCUCUCUGGGUGCUCACUCGGUAGACGCGAGUGCAGUGGCCAAGUUGAUAUUGAUAUUUUUCCCAAUACUGGGCUGGGUAUGCAAUUUAUUUUAUUUUUGCAUGGAAUUGUAUUAAAAUAUGGUGCUCUUGCGUUUCUUAAGACUUGCGGGACAAAAAGAUACUUAAUUCCCGAUUCUUGUCUCUCCUUCUCAACUUGCUGCAAAUGGAGUUGCCAAAAUGUUGAUAUUAGUUUCAGUAUUGAACCUGAGAACUAUGACUGUUUUUCUCUCUAAACCUAUUUUGUUGUUUUAAACAAGUUAUUGUUUAUAAAGAGAGGUUUAACCAUGUGUUGUGAUUGUUUAAUGUUGGGUGGAAUUAUAAACAUGAAUAUUUUGUAACUCGUAAAAUAGAUUUAGCUCACAUUAAAAAUUGUUUUGCAGUUUUACAAAACCAAUCUCUAUUUUUGGCUUCUCUCCAUUUAUAUCAUAAUAAAAUGCAUGGGCCAAGGAGAGAGUUCCCUAGCAGGACAAAACAGAAAUAAAUUAUGAGAAAAGUCAGCAAACACCGGUAAAAACAGUUUUAUGAAGAAGGAAAUGACGAUAGUAUGUAUUUGUGUGAAACUGCCAGCUAACAUUUUGAAAUCAUUAAUAAAAUAUAGAAGCAAAUAAGAAUUCACCAAAAUAAUUGGUUGGUUAGUGUAAUGCGACAAAUUUAAUAUAUAUCACUUUUGUAAAACUCAACACGCCGCAUGAUUUUUGAGCUAGUGCUAGUCAUAUCUGAAAAUAAAGUGUGAGUCUCGAGAAA